UCUGCCAAGACCUGCUUCUCCCCAGAGAGCCUAGAGAGGCAUUCCAUCCCAGAAGCACUUCGCCUAAAGUGGAAGAACUUGCCAAGCCCUAUAAUGCCAGUUGACCUGGGGCAGGCCCUGGUCCUGCUGCCGCCACUGGCUAAGGCAGAGGACCCCCCGUUCCCUGGACCAGAUGCUGCCCCUCAAGGGGAACUCUCCAGCCCUGAAACUGCCCGCCAGCUUUUCAGGCAGUUUCGAUACCAGGUGAUGUCUGGGCCCCACGAGACCCUGAGACAGCUUCGGCAGCUCUGUUUCCAGUGGCUGCAGCCAGAAGUUCACACCAAAGAACAGAUCCUGGAGAUCCUCAUGUUGGAGCAGUUCCUGACCAUCCUGCCUGGGGAGAUCCAGAUGUGGGUGCGGAAACAGUGUCCAGGCAGCGGAGAGGAGGCAGUGACCCUAGUAGAGAGCUUGAAGGGAGACCCCCGGAGACUGUGGCAGUGGAUCAGCAUCCAAGUUCUAGGACAGGAAAUCUCAGAGAAGAUGGAAUCUGCAGGCUGCCAAGUGAGGGAGGCAGAGUCCCAUCAUGAAGUGGUGCCUCAAGAGGUGCGACAUCAAAGUUCAGCCUCAGAGCCUGCGGAGCAACUGAGUCAUGCCGUGAAAGAGGAAUCUGACGCUGAGCAAGAGUUAGUGAUGGCUGCCUCCCAGCUUCUUGCCCGACCUGAGGAGAGGCUCGUCAGAGACCAGGACUUUGGAGCCUCACUUCUCCAAGCAUCAUCUCAGGAACACUGGAGGCACCUGGAUUCUACUGAAAAGGAACACUACUGGGAUCUCAUGCUGGAGACCUAUGGGAAAAUGGUCUCAGGAGGAGAUAGGCAGGAGAGUGACAAAGAGAACCUAAACCUGGAAAAUUAUAGGGACCAGGAACCUCCAGAUGCCCCCUGUGACAUCUCAGGAGAGGCCCCUCCUCAGGCUUCCGUGAGUGGCUUCUUCAGUGAGGAUGAGCCAAGCCAAUUUGGAGAAGGAGAGCAUCUCCCUGAGGCUCAGGGAAACCUCCAGGGAGAGGGGAGAGGGGAGCAGCUCUCUCCUCAAGAAAGGAGUUCUGGGAAACAGCCAGGCCAGCAUUUGCCAAAUCCUCACCCAGGAGAUCUGUCUCUGCUGUGGCUCGAGGAGAAGCCAGAGGCCCUCCAGAAAGGUCAGCUGAGACCCCCCAUGACCCAGAAGCUCCCUACCUGCAAAGAGUGUGGGAAAACCUUUUACAGGAAUUCUCAGCUUGUGUUUCACCAGAGAACUCACACUGGAGAGAAGUAUUUUCAGUGCCACACCUGCAAAAAAGCCUUUCUGCGGAGUUCAGACUUUGUGAAGCAUCAGAGAAUCCACACAGGAGAGAAGCCUUGCAAAUGCGAUUACUGCGGGAAAGGCUUCAGUGACUUCUCUGGAUUGCGCCACCAUGAGAAAAUCCACACGGGAGAGAAACCAUAUAAAUGUCCCAUCUGUGAGAAAAGUUUCAUUCAGAGGUCAAACUUUAAUAGACAUCAGAGGGUCCACACAGGAGAGAAACCUUAUAAAUGCUCUCGCUGUGGGAAAAGUUUCAGCUGGAGCUCAAGUCUUGAUAAACAUCAAAGAUCGCACUUGGGGAAGAAGCCCUUUCAAUAGCAAGACUCUUUUAUCCCAUUUCUAUCUCUCUCCAAUUAAAAAUAUAUAGCUUUUGGAAUCAUCUGCUGGAAUUGCAUCUUGUAUCCCUGGUCCAUUUUCAUGGAUUGGAGAAGGGAGAAACUGUAGAUGGUUUUGAACUUGGAGGAUAGAUUGGGCUCCUGGGCUGGAUUUCAUGCCACCUUAAUUUCUUGCUUCUGCAUCAGGAGAAAGAAAUGUCUUCAUGUUUCAGCUCAUCGCCUUGCUCAGAGUCUUCUGUUGGACCCCUUGGGAGGAAAAAACGUCAUUUGGAGAUUGUGCUCUAGAAGUAUCUGUCAUCUGGGAAGAGUUUAACAGAGCAGCUGUAAUUACUGUUCAGGGGAAGAACUUUGGAUCAGCCCUUUAGAGCUGGGAUUCCAGAACAUGUCUUCCUGAGACAUAAGGGCAAGCAGACAUAGAGGACUAGAUGGUUCAUGUAUUCUUUGACAUACGGGUGAAAAACGAACUUGAAGUGUCCUUGUUUUAAAUAAACUUGGUAGAGUCACUCCCCAUCUCAUUUGUGUCUGAAAUGUUCACUGUGUGUUGACUAUCACUCGACGUGUAUUUUCUCAUGGGAGAUUCCAAAUGGUAGUUGAGCUCCUAUUUGAGCUCAUACAGGCUUAUCAAGUUUAGAAUAGAGCAGAACAGUGAUAUGACAGUGCUAACCUAAAGGCCAGAUUGUGAGAGCUUGGCCAGUGCUAGGCACUCUGUUGUCUCAGGUUGGUCUGUCUUUGGUGCCCACUUGCUGGUGCCCCUCAAGCUGCCUCUCUUUGUCCUUACAUCCCACUUAAAUGAUCAUUUUUGCUAAAGUGCUCUGUGCUUUAAAAUUAUCUUUUUUAUCUCAUUUUGUUUGAAGGUGUUAGGAAGAAAUCAAUAGGAUUGAUUUUAUAGUACUGCCUAGAGGUUUAUGAACAUGCAUAUCUAACCUGUACAAAUGACCUAUUCUUCCAAAGAUAAAUGCUGAAAAGUGUCCUCUUGCUCGUGAAUCCUGAGACUUCCACCCCUCCCUUUCAUUUGGUCCUUUUUGUGCCUGGUUGUAUUGUACGAUUCAGAUGAGGAUCUAGAAGGAAGAUGCUAAUGAGCAAGACAGAGCUAUCUCCCUGAAAACAGAUUAACUUAUAGGCAGGAAACUGCAAGAUGUUGGCAAACAAUGGGAAAUGAGUUAUGGUUAAUGGGAGAGGAAGGGCAAACCUCAAAUUAGAGUCCCUGAGUUCCAGAAGAGUCUGUUAACUACCUUACAACAUGAAUAUGAGGGAGAAGACUGCACAUAAGGGGGUGUAGGAACCACUAGUCUGAAAGCAGGAAAAACA